ACUCUUUACUGCAAGGAAGAAACACGUUGUUCAAAAUUUAUAAGAAGUUUCAGUUAGAGAAAAUUGUCUGAUAUUGUUAGUGACAGUUAUAUGAAAAGACCGAAAUUCUUUAGAGCUCCGUCUAAUCAAGCUACGACGCCGCUAGAAAGAGAACCGAAACUGUCCCAAUAAUUCUCUAAAGAAUUUUGCUAUUUGUUGGAGAAUGAUGUCUGAAUCCAGCCGAUUCGAUUGCCGUUGCUGCGAGCUGGCCAAUAAUAUCGAUGAUCUGGUCCAGUGCUAAGGGAGAUGUGGCGGAUGGUUCCACUACGGCUGUGUGGGAUUUGACGACGGGAGGAAGGAAUUAAAUUGGAAGUGCCAUAUGGUCAUAUGAUUGUAUCGGUAGCGGCGUGGCCAACGAGCCAGUUGUCACAAGUUCUGCAGUAGUUUCGAUGUCGACCAGUGAACCACCACCAACUACUUGCAAGGAAACGAGUGUGCUUGACCCAAAGACAGAGAGAACAAAGCUCAACCUCAAAUUACUGGAAGAACAACAGGCGUUUCUUUUGCGAGAGAUCGAGUUAGAUCGUAAAAUGGAGUGCGAGAGAAAAAAGCUGCAAGUGGAACAGGCGGCAUGGCGAAGACGAUGUGAGUUUUUAAUGACUUUAGCUGAGGUAACUGAUGGUCCCCAAGUCGAUAACAACACCUGCGUUACUUCGAGUUCGAGUUCUUCGAGAAGCACUCUCCAAGGUGUGGAAAAUGCUCCAGUACCGUUUUCGCUCGUUAAUACUGCUGCUACAGGAAUUAAUUCCUUCGGAAUACCACCAAUGUCAUCCUCUGUACUGCCGAGGAGUGUUCAUCCUGCAUGUGCGUCAACGUACCCGAGUGCAGUGAGAUCGACCACCAGUUACGGGCACGAUUUUCUCUCCGGUGGGGGGAGAUACAACCUCGGAUCGUCGACACCUAUUACGUCAGCGACAGCAACACCGUGGGUUGAUCCAGUGACGAAUCAGACGGUUCUUACCCAAUCACUGCCGCCGACAAUAAGUACGAUUGGUUUGUUUGGAACAAAUGUAAGUCAGAAUAAUCAUUUACAAAGAUAUAACAACCAACUGCAAGUAGGGUUAGGACAAGCACAGGUUCCUCAAUAUUCAUUCACUAGUGCAGGGCCAGCUUAUUCUCAUAUAAAUCUUUUGAACGCAAAUACAUUCCCAUACGUUCCCGUGUCCGUAUCUCAGUAUACUCCCAAUAUUUCUGGUGCCAAUCAAACAAUUCCAGUACGAAACCAGGCACGUUAUGCCGAAAGAUCUUCCUGCGUUUAGUGGGAGCCCUAAGGAGUGGCCCAUGUUUUAUAGUGCAUUUUACACGUCAACAGAGGCUUGUGGUUACAGUGAAGUGGAGAACCUCGGCCGACUUCAACGCUGUCUAAAGGGCAGUGCAUUGGAAGCAGUACGAAGCCGUCUUCUACUUCCCUCUGCGGUACCACAGGUGAUGCAAACACUGCAGCUUUUGUAUGGACGUCCCGAGCAGAUAAUUCAUGCUCUUCUCUUAACAGUCAGGGAAGUUCCGGCCCCGAAAGCGGACAAUCUGAAAACAUUAGUAACGUUUGGUAUGGCAGUGCAGAAUUUUUGCGAUUAUCUAGUGGCAGCGGAUCAAGUGGCUCAUCUCUCUAAUCCAGUUCUCUUACAAGAGCUAAUCGACAAAUUACCCGCACACCUGAAAUUGGAUUGGGUGGUAUAUAAACGGCAGUAUAUGGUCGCAGAUUUACGUGUUUUGGCAGCUAUAUGGCAAAUCUAGUGUCUGCUGCGGCGGAUGUCACACUGACGCUUGAGCCUACUAACGCGAAGGUAGGCAGAGGGGAUAAACCGAAAGAGUUCGUCAACGCUCAUGCAAAUUCAGCGGAAGUGAGUGAACAGGCAAAAUCGAGAUCGAGUUCUAUAAAAACAGAAAAUUCACCGGUGCGAUGUUUAAUCUGCAGCGAUCAAGAUCAUAAAAUAAAAGAAUGUGGCGUUUUUAAAAAUAUGAGUGGAGUCGACAGAUGGAAGGUUAUACAAAAUCACCAGCUAUGCCGCAUUUGCCUUGGCAAACACGGGAGGAAACCGUGCCGUUCUCAAAUACGUUGUGAGAUGCAAGGGUGUCAAAUGCGCCAUCAUCCGUUAUUACAUCGUGGUUCUUCAACGCCAAUGUCGGCAAGUGCGUCAUCUAGUUAUAGAGACACCGUUGCAAUUCGGAAUCAAAUGGAAGGAGUCAACACACACCGGCACAGUCAGGGUACCACGCUGUUUCGCAUUUUACCGGUGACUAUUUCAGCAAAAGGAAGAAGUGUUGAUACAUUCGCUUUCCUCGAUGAGGGGUCUUCAGUUACGUUGAUGGAAAAAUGGAUUGCAGAUGCACUCGAUGUUGAGGGUAUCAAAAAACGUCUGUGCUUAUCGUGGACAGGUAAUGUUACUAGAGACGAAGAAAACUCUCAAGAAGUUACGAUAGAAAUAUCAGGAAACAAUUCAGACCGUCGAUACAAGCUUGAUGGCGUUCGAACUGUUAGGACACUUGCACUCCCGACACAAUCGCUUCGGUACCGGGGGCUAGCUGAGCAUUACCAACAUCUUCGUAAGCUGCCAGUCGUGGAUUAUGAGUCGGUGACACCCGGAAUUCUGAUAGGCGCGGGACAUACAAUGUUGACCGCUACCAAGAAACUCCGAGAAGGGCGAACAGGAGAGCCUGUUGCUGCAAAAACCCGGCUUGGAUGGGCGGUGUAUGGACCAGUGGAACAACGGAUGCAGAGUCGUUGCUAUACCUUCCAUAUUUGUGAAUGCACAGGCGAUACUCAGUUACACGAAAUGGUUAAACAAUAUUUUACCGUAGAGAACGUCGGCGUUUCGGCUGACAAAGGACCGGAAUCGGAUGAUGAAAAGCGGGCAAGAUUAAUCCUUGAGCAAAAAACGAAAAGAAUCGAUGGAGGCUUCGAGACUGGACUAUUGUGGCGACAUGAUCAUGUGGAAUUCCCGGAUAGCUAUCCCAUGGCGAUGCGCAGGCUAAAGUGCUUUGAAAGACGGCUAAAAGCAAAUUCUCUCAUCGAAGAAAACGUUCGACGGCAAUUGAUUGAAUACCAACAAAAAGGAUAUAUUCACGAAGCGACGCAGGAGGAAAUAGAAACAGCGGACCCACGCUUGGUCUGGUAUUUGCCAUUAAACGUGGUUCUCAAUUCGAAAAAAACCAAAUAAGAUUCGCCUCGUGUGGGACGCCGCUGCUAAAGUCGAUGGGAUUUCGCUGAAUAGUAUGCUGCUGAAAGGACCGGAUCUCAUCGUACCACUCUCAACAGUCCUGUACGGGUUUAGAGAACGCAGAGUAGCCCUGGGUGGCGACCUACAAGAAAUGUUCCAUCAGGAUAAAAUACGAUUAGAAGAUCGUAACUCCCAGCGUUUCCUUAUGCGAGAUGACCCAAGUCAAACACCGCGGAUUUUUAUAAUGGACGUGGCAACGUUUGGUUCGACGUCUUCGCCAUGUUCAGUGCAGUACAUUAAAAACCUGAACGCUCAAGAGUUUAUCGAUCGUUAUCCUAGGGCAGUUGAGGCGAUACAGCAACGGCAUUAUGUUGAUGACUAUCUGGACAGCUUUGAUAGCGAAGAAGAAGCGUGUCGAGUGGCAGAGGAGGUCAAGUUAGUGCACAAAGAAGGCGGUUUCACCAUGCGGAACUGGUUGUCUAAUUCUGCUGCAGUCCUUCGACGAAUCGGAGGAACAGAUGUACACCGCGAGAAGGCAGUUGAUAUAGACAAGAGCGGGCGGACUGAGAGAGUUUUGGGGAUGCUUUGGGCAUCUGAACCUGAUGUCUUCGUCUAUACCAAUGCAAUGAACUUGGCUGCAAUCGCCCCGACUAAGAGGAGCAUCUUACGGUGCGUGAUGAGCCAGUACGAUCCACUUGGCUUACUGUCUCACUUUUUUAUCCAUGGCCGUGUAAUAAUACAGAACAUCUGGCGGACAAAGGCUGGCUGGGACGACAAUGUCGGAGGGGAUAUUCUCGAAAGCUGGCAUCGGUGGACGAGCUUGUUCGAUGAUCUCAAGCAAGUAACCAUCUCCCGCGCCUAUUUCCCGAAUGUGACAUCAGAUGAGAUUGAAGAUCUCCAGCUGCACAUAUUUGUCGACGCCGGUGAGACAGCAUUUGCCUGCGUCGGCUACUUUCGGGCAAAGAUCCGUGGCGAAUUUCGCUGCGCACUGGUGGGCGCAAAAGCAAAGGUUGCUCCUUUAAAGUCCCUCUCUGUGCCCCGGUUGGAGUUGCAGGCAGCCGUUAUCGGGUUUAGGUUAAUGAAAACACUCUGCGCAGGUCACAGUUUACCGAUCAUGAGAAGGGUGUUAUGGACCGACUCUAAAACAGUACUCGCAUGGAUCAAUUCCGAUCACCGCCGCUACCGGCAGUUUGUGGCGUGUAGAAUGGGAGAGAUCCUCUCCAAAACUAAUGCCGAAGAUUGGAAGUGGGUACCCACGAAACAAAAUGUGGCGGACGAGGCAACAAAAUGGGGCAAAGGACCUAACUUGUACCCAGAAAGUCGCUGGUUUACUGGUCCUCAGUUCCUGAGAGAAACAGAAGCAUCUUGGCCACGACAGUUUAUAAGCGAAGAAACCCCAGAAGAACUGAAACCUUGUCUGGUACAAUAUAUUGUAGUAAAUGGGGUAAUCGAUUGGAGCCGUUUCUCUAAGUUUGAAAGAGUUUGGCGUGCAGUCGUAUAUGUACACCGUGCAAUAAAAAACUUUCGUCGAAAGAAACAGGGAUUACCACUUGAACAUGGUUGUCUUACCCCGGAGGAAUUGAAUAGGGCCCAAGACACUUUAUGGCUUCUAGUUCAAAAACAUGCCUUCCCGGAAGAAGUAGAGCUACUGACAAAGUUCACUCAAAAUGGCUUGUCGGUUUCAAUAGAAAAAACAAGCCGAAUUUAUAAAUUAUCACCUUUCAUGGACAACCAUGGCGUAAUUCGAAUGGAUUCUCGACUAUGCGUGGCUAGCUUUUUGCCUUUCCAAGCAAAGUACCCGGUUAUUCUGCCGAUAACCCACCCACUCACUAUCCUUUUGAUAGACUGGUAUCACCGCAUUUACCUUCACGAAAAUAAUGAGACAGUAGUAAAUGAACUCAGACAGCGAUUCCAUAUACCAUCUCUGCGCACCCAGCUUCGGAAAGUGGGAAACCUAUGUAUGCACUGCAAAAUAAGAAAAGCGAAACCAAUUAUUCCACGCAUGGCCCCGCUCCCAGAAGCAAGGCUUAGUCCGUUUGUCAGACCUUUUUCUUACGUGGGCCUUGACUAUUUUGGCCCUAUCCAGGUGAAGAUAGGGCGUUCACUGGUGAAAAGAUGGGUUGCCUUAUUCACGCGCCUCACCAACCGAGCAGUACACUUGGAAGUAGUGCAAUCACUUUCCACAAACUCAUGCAAGAUGGCUAUUCGACGGUUUCUGGUACGAAGAGGAUCGCCGUUGGAAAUUUCGAGCGACAACGGCACCAAUUUUAUCGGUACCAGCCGCGAACUGAAGGAGCAGCUGAGCCAGAUCAAUCAACAGCUUUCCGAGGUGUUUACUAACGCCAAUACUAAGUGGAUAUUAAAUCCCCCCUCAGCCCCCCACAUGGGCGGUUCGUGGGAGCGACUCGUUCGUUCGAUUAAAACCGCUUUUGCUGGGCUGUCAAACACUAGAAACCCCAAUGAAGAAACUCUUGUCACACUCCUGAUCGAAGCAGAAGGAGUGGUUAAUUCAUGACCACUUACAUUCGUUCCGUUAGACAAUGAGGCACAGGAAUCACUAACCCCCAAUCACUUUUUGCUACUAAGCUCCCAAGGAGUAACGCAACGGCCACAGCCCAAGAUAGAGCAUGCUCAACUGACGAGAAACAGCUGGAGGCUAAUGAGAAGUCUGGUGGACGAAUUCUGGCACCGCUGGAUUAAGGAAUACCUUCCUACAAUAGCUUGUCGCCCCAAGUGGGCAGGAGAUACGAAGGAGUGCAAAAAGGGGGACCUGGUGGUUAUUGUGAACGAAUCCACGCGUAAUGGGUGGCUGCGUGGCAAAGUUUUAUCUACAUUGACAGGACGCGACGGACGAGUAAGGCAGGCAUUCGUCAAAACUCAGAAUGGGGUGCUACGACGUCCUGUUACGAAGAUCGCGAUAUUGGACAUCCAGGACACCAACUCACUACAUAAGAAAAUUGAUAACGCUGACACACAGGAGAUCAAUGACCAGCGUUAUGGGCCGGGGGAUGUUGGGGGCACUGCCCGUGCGCCUCUGCCCGUGCGAGAUUCAAUCUCAAACACCCUGCUCACUUGAAGUCAAUCCAUUAUAGCGAGAUCCACAAUCUAAAAUACCCUGCUCAUUUAUCGACUAUCACUUCCUCCUUAUCAGCACUAUUGUCUUUCACUUACACUCUUCACUGCAAGGAAGAAACACGUUGUUCAAAAUUUAUAAGAAGUUUCAGUUAGAGAAAAUUGUCUGAUAUUGUUGGUGACAGUUAUAUGAAAAGACCAAAAUUGUAAGUGACUAUUAAUUCAAAAUUUAUACUAAAAAUUAAAUGCAAAAAAUAAAUUACAGAUUUAGAGCUCCGUCUAAUCAAACUACGACGCCGCUAGAAAGAGGUCCGAAACUGUCCCAAUAAGCAGUGUUAUUUCCACCUGCGAAUUGAGCUAAAAAUCAAGAAAAAAUAUUAAAAAAAUUAGGCCAAAUCAGUGAAUUUUAAGUAAUUCGAUCAAAUAAACUCAUCGAACACUCUAAAUAAACGAUGUGAAAAUAAAAACUAUUAAAAACAUGUCCCGUAACAAACGAAUUUUCUGGGAAAUCCAUGUAAAUCCCGAAAUCUGUGUAAA